AUUUAAUUUGAUGGUAUAAAGAGUUUUCGAGAAGUUUGGAAGGCGGCAUGUUCGUCGAUGUCGGGAGCCGAAAUCGUAAUCCCCGAAAUGAAAACUUAUCUAGUUCGUCCAACUGAUUUCGUGGGGCCUUGUCGCUCGAAGGUGACGUUGAGGGUAAGUGCUAUUGUUUACGGUUUUAUUGUUGCACCACAAGAUCCGGAAGUUUGGGAUGGUUUAGACGUAAAUAAAUGGCUCUAUUUCCGAAGAGUGAAUCGCCUCAAUAUCGAAGGUGCCGGUGGAUUGAUCAAUGGAAUGGGGCAUGAAUGGUGGGCCCGGUCUUGCAAGAAAAACGAAUCGAAUCCUUGCACAAACGCGCCAACGAUGGCUGCAUUAUAUAUAACAAUGCAGGCGGUUACUUUCGACAAAUGCAAGAACUUGAAAGUGAUAAAUAUUACUAUAUUCAACAGCCAACAAACUCACAUUGCGUUCACGCACUGUAAGGGUGUGGAAGCUUCCGGAAUCAUACUCAUGUCAUCGGAUAGCCCUAGUACCAACGGGGUCCACAUAAGCGCGUCGACCAAUGUUGAACUCGACACUAUUACUGUCAGCACAGGCAAUGAAUGCAUAUCGAUAGGGAGUAAUUCCUCUGCUAUUCGCAUGAAAAAUAUUUUCUGUCGACUAGGCCAUGGUAUAAGCAUCGGAAGUUUGGGAAAAUACAAUUCAUCUGGUAUAGUCGAGGAUGUUGUAUUAAACCGAGCAUUUUUCUUCCAUACUGAAACUGGUCUGAGGAUCAAAACAUGGCAGAAAAUGCAGACUUCGUCGGUCAGAAUCGAAAACGUGUCUUACAUCGGAAUCAGAGGAACUUCAGCCACAGACGAAGCUAUAAAAUUUGCAUGCAGUGACAGCUGUCCAUGUAAAAGAUUACUUCUCGAAAAUAUUGAACUCACGACUUUUGAAUGGAAACGCUGCAAAGUCCUUUUGCUGGGAAGCAUACGGAAGAAACUCGAGAUUAGUGUAUCCGCCUUCUUGUGUUUCAUCAGGUGAUAUUAUCAUUCGACAUCAAAUUCAAUUCAAUUCAACGAGCUGGCGUAACGAUCAAUUUGCACUCUUUUAA